AUGGGCUGGAGAAGCAAGAAAGAAGAGCCGUCAGAGAAGCCGGCAACAUCUGAUCUGCCUACCUUGACAACGCCAACAGCGGACAGCUUCCCGUUCGGAGCGCCCAAGUCGCCUGCGAGUAUCUCAAACAGAAAUCCGUUCGCUACGCCAGGGUCGAUACCGGGAACACCAGGGGGCGCGCGAACACCUGGAUCACUGCUGCGAGCAUCGACAACUGCAUUUCAACUACCGGCCUCGAAGGGAAAGACCUACUUCAAGUCAAGAAGGAUAAGGGAUCCAUCAACGAUAUCGAAGCCCUGGACAGAGGUCAAGGAUCCGAAGAAGAAAUGGCACACGAUCUUCCCCUUGAUUGGUGUUGCUGUGGGUAUCGCGCUGGUCGGCCUUGAAGUUUGGCAAGGUCUCGGAACUGUCACGAACAACAAGUACUGUUCGGUAUAUGAUGUCGACUUCACAAACGGUGGUCAACUCGAUCCGAAUAUCUGGACGAAGGAAGUCCAAGUCGGCGGAUUCGGUAAUGGGGACUUCGCCCAAACCACUGACUCAGACGAGAACGUCUUCAUUCGCGAUGGAGAACUGAUCAUCAAGCCAACUCUUCAGGAUGAAAAACUGAUCAACGAAAAUACCGUGAUCGACCUCCAGAAGCAGGGUAUAUGUACCUCGGAUCAGUGGAAGGACUGUCACGCCGUGACCAACACCACAAAUGGUACCAUCGUCAAUCCCGCAAAGUCUGCGAGAAUCAACACCAAGAAGGGCAUGUCCAUUCAAUACGGACGAGUCGAGGUCACUGCAGCGAUUCCUGAAGGUGACUGGCUUUGGCCCGCCAUUUGGAUGAUGCCAGUCGAAGACAAAUACGGCGCAUGGCCGGCAAGCGGUGAGAUUGAUAUAAUGGAGUCUCGCGGCAACAACUACACGUAUCAGCUGGGCGGCAACGAUAUUAUGAGCAGCGCGCUUCACUGGGGACCCAACGUCGGACUUGAUUCUUGGUACAGAACCUUUAUCAAGCGUACUGCCCUGCACACAACCUUCGCCAAAACAUACCACACUUUCGGCCUUGAAUGGUCGGAGAAGUACCUCUUCACGUAUGUCGACAACAGAUUGCUCCAGGCUCUCUAUGUUCCAUUCGAUGGUCCAAUGUGGCCGAAGGGUCACUUCGACAGCUCCGAUGCGAACGGCACCAUGAUCGUGGAUCCCUGGAGCCAGACCGGCAACCCUUCUACGCCGUUCGAUCAGUCGUUCUAUCUCAUUCUCAAUGUGGCUGUUGGAGGCACGAAUGGUUGGUUUCAGGACGGCCUACAGGGCAAACCUUGGGUUGAUGCCAGCCCGACAUCGAAGCUCGACUUCUGGAAGGCUCGUGAUCAGUGGCUGCCCACCUGGGAAGAGAAUGGCGAGUUCAGAAUCAAGAGCGUCAAGAUGUGGCAGCAGGCAGGGUACAAGGGAUGCUGA